AUGACCCAGAAAAGGGUGGAAGUACAAGAUCUGACGAGUAAGCGGGUCGAGAGGUCGAAAGGUCAUCGAACCUUGGAAAAUAGAAUGCAAAAGGCUACGGCGUUUAAAGACAGAGCCUUGCACUGUAUCCUCGAAUAUCAUUCAGGUGGGAUCGACUCGAAGGCAUUUUCACUAGGUGGCCUAGCUCCUGGCUUCGUCAUCAGACGAUAUCGAGAGAAGGCUCUGAGGUCCAAAGGUGUCUGCCUCCAUCCUCGCAGUGCUGAAUCCUAUCUGGCACUGGAACAUCUCCAACCACCCAUCCAGCGCCGUAUCCCACCCGAAUCAACGUAUCAGGACUGGCCACUUGGCCGACUGGCCGACGCCGAGCCUAUCCGUGUCUGUGUUUUUCCGAAUAUGCACGUGAUAGGUCAAGGCGUAUCGUUGGGAGCGCAGGCGCACACAGUCGCCACUGAUACUAGUGAAGCUACCAUGCACGUCGUCCCGCCUGGCAAGGCGGACGCACCCAGCCAGCUGCAAAAGGAGAGCAGAAUUAAACAAUAA